GCGCGGCGCCGUCGCGGCCGUGACGCUCCGAGCUGGCCGGGCCGGGCCGGAACAGGGGCAGCGGCGGCGGCAGGCCUGGCCCCGGGAUGGCGAUGUUCCGCAGCCUGGUGGCUUCGGCUCAGCAGCGGCAGCCGCCGGGCGGGCCGGCGGGCGGUGACAGCGGCCUGGAGGCGCAGUACAGCUGCCCGAUCUGCCUGGAGGUGUACCACCGGCCUGUGGCCAUCGGCAGCUGCGGCCACACGUUCUGUGGGGAGUGCCUCCAGCCGUGCCUGCAGGUCCCGUCCCCGCUGUGCCCGCUGUGCCGCCUGCCGUUCGACCCCAAGAAGGUGGACAAGGCUGCCCACGUGGAGAAGCAGCUCUCAUCCUACAAGGCACCCUGCAGGGGCUGCAACAAGAAGCUCGGCAGGUUGUACCAACUUACCACAACAAAAAGCAGCCCCUGGUUGCUUUGUUCUAAAGGUCAGGGUCUGGGCGCGCAGGGGCCACCCUGGGUUCUGCAGUGAGGCUCCUUGGCCUCUUCCCUGGCAGGUGACGCUGGCCAAGAUGAGGGUGCACGUUUCCUCCUGCAUGAAGGUCCAGGAGCAAAUGGCCAACUGCCCCAAAUUCGUCCCCGUGGUGCCCACAUCCCAGCCCAUCCCCAGCGCCGUCCCCAACAGGUCCACCUUCACUUGCCCCUACUGUGGCGCCCGAAACCUGGACCAGCAGGAGCUGCUGAAGCACUGUGUGGACAACCAUCGCAGCGACCCCAACCGCGUGGUGUGCCCCAUCUGCUCGGCCAUGCCCUGGGGGGACCCCAGUUACAAGAGCGCCAACUUCCUGCAGCACCUGCUACACCGGCACAAGUUCUCCUACGACACCUUUGUGGACUACAGUAUCGAUGAGGAAGCGGCCUUCCAGGCGGCCCUGGCCCUGUCUCUCUCCGAGAACUGAAGGCACAGCCCAGCCCCGGGACCUGAGCCUUCCCACCUUGGGGGACGGGGCGUGCGGUCUCCCUGAGGCCCAGUGCCUGCGUGGGAGUGGGAGUGCGCCUCGGGGACCAGGCGGGGCCUCCGUUGUCGCAGGAGGGGCGGCCCCCGAGCCCGUCGGGCCGUGUCCUCACGGGGCGGCCACCAGUGCUCCUGGCCGGGCAUUGCUGGUUUCUUCGGUGCUUCGAGCUGAGCAGGUGGCCCUGGUAGGGCCGGCUCGUUGGGCCUGGGAGCAGUCGACUGUCUGUCUGUCUGUCUCAAAGCCAUGAUGUCCUCCCCGUACGCACGGAGACCCGUCCUGCCCACGCUGCGUCCCGCAGGCCUGGCCGCUGCACGGGAAGCGCGGGAGGGGAGCCCUGGCCGGCAUCUGGCAGCGCUUUCCCUUUGCGCGCACGGUACUGGCUUUUGUGAUACCUGGAGAUUCUGGCCUUUUUCUACGUCACCCAGUGUGAGAACCUUUUCACAUUUUAUAGAACAGCUACUCUACAAACCGCAAUCCCGCGUUUGACCAGGGGCAAUAGUAUUUUUAUGGAACAUUUACAGAAUUAUAUUUUUUAAAAAAAAGCAAUCAAAAAUAAACAGUGGUGGGGUCAGUGCAGGGGAGGGAAAGAGGCGGGCAGACCUCGGAGCCCUAGCGCGGCCGCGGGGCUUUGCUGGGGUGCGCGCAGGACCGCGGUGGCCAGGGUCCCUUUCAUAGUCGCCAGGAAGAAGCCCCCAGUGCCCCCCUGGCUGCUCACAGUGCAGGCCUCCUCCUGCCAGGGUCCUGGCCUCGGCCCCGCUGUCACCUUCCCAAGCGGACCACGGACCACGGACCGUGUAGGCCACCCCGGGGGAUGAUAGGCGGGGCUGGAAGACGCCAUCUCACUCUUUUCGGUUCACGGCAUAAAUUAUUGCUCUUUUAAAAAAAAAACGUAAAUAAAACGUUUCAAAGCAUCUA